GCCUGUCAUUUCUUCUUGAUAAUAGCUCCCCAUUCCUAAGAAAAAAAGCCACCUAUUGCAAGCAAACAAACUCAACAAUUCCUAAUAUAUAUAUAUUUUUGAACAUUUUUCGUGUGUACCUUAUAACUCAGACGCGGGUAUCCGACAUGGCGGGACCGAGAACAAACCAGAAGACGGUGCUUGUGACUGGCUGCACGCCAGGAGGCAUUGGCCAUAGCCUGUGCCUUGAGUAUCACAGGCAGGGACUACACGUCAUCGCGACCGCGCGUCGGCCCGAAGUCAUCGCAGACCUCGCUGAGCUGGGUAUGAGCGUAGUAGCUCUGGACGUAACCGACGCCGAGAGCAUCAAGAAGUGCCAUGAUGAAGUUGCCAAGAUCAACGGCGGCAAGCUGGACAUCCUAGUCAACAAUGCGGGCCGCACACAUACGCAUCCGGCGCUAGAUAUUUCACUCCCCGAUGUUCGCGCGACGUUUGAAACGAACGUCUUCGCCAUCAUGGCCAUGGUUCAAGCCUUCACCGACCAGCUGGCUGCCGCAAAGGGUCUGAUCAUCAACAUCUCGUCACUGUCCUCCAUCACGCCCUAUCUGUUCGGGUCUGUCUACUGCGCCAGCAAGGCCGCCGUCAACGCCUACUCACGUACGCUGCGCAUGGAGCUCGCCCCUCUCGGCGUGCGCGUCAUGGUGUCGAUGACGGGGACGGUGAAGAGUAACACGGCGAGCCAAGGCCACCGCGUUCUGCCCGAGAAUAGCGUUUAUCAGAAGAUCAAGCACAUCUUUGAAUGGCGGCUUGUGUUCAGCCAACACAACAAUACUAUGGACACGCUCACGUUUGCAAAGAGACUGGUUGCUGAUUCGCUCCGGCCUGAGCGACCGAUUUGGUUACGAAGUUUGGUUGGAAGGCCCGACUGGUUUUGGUAUGGUGGCAUGGCUUCUAUAGCGUGGUUUGGUCACAGUUUGGGCGAGUGGGCGGUUGACGCAGUUUGCUGGUACAAGUUCCGCAUGCCUGAGAUCAUGAAGUUAUUGGCAGAUAAUGUAGCUCAGAAGAAGUCGAAGUAAUUGGGUCUACUUCUCUUUAAUGAUUCAGGACGCAUACUUAUAUUAUGGGCGUUGGGUAACUACAUAUGUAAGUCGAUGAUAAUAAUAAUUAAUAUUCUCUCAUAGAAGCGCUGUAUGCUCUGGGCCGUCAUGAUCCAACAUAGCUCAGAAUUCUGAAU